AGCUACCGCACCCAAACACAAUAUAUUGUAAGGCCUGGUGUUGGUAGUGGGUAUUGGCGUCUGAGCGGUGGUAGCUGGGCCAUCGGGGCAGCGGACACCAUUUUCAUAGCUGGGAUCGCGGCCAAAGGGGGCGAGGACAGCAGUGCAUAACAGGUGCGGUGGCCAUUGCGGGGACCGGGACAGCAGGGUUUAAUGCUGGGACAGCACUUCGAGGCUGGGACAGCAGGGAGGGUUUAGAGUUUUAGUUUGACAUGUCUGGAACGGAGGAGGACGUAACUCUGAGCGCGAGGUUGGAUGAGGCGCUACGAGCUAUAGAGGAGGCCAAGGCUGAGACGAAGGAGGCCAAAGCUGAGACGGAGGAGCUUAGGGCAGCACAGCGGCGGUCUGCGGGUGCACCUGCCGGCAGCAGCUCAGGAGGCGACGGUCUAGUUGCUCCUGGAGGGGCUUCAUCUGCACCGGUGAGGCCAAUGUGGCCAGGCGGGGUGAGUCAUGAUGGCGGUACUGGGGUGCCGGGUUUGCCUCUGGGAGGUACAAUUGUCAGAACUCCUGUGCCUAGAAUCCCGCCUAAUUGCACCGCCGACACUUUUCUCAGUUGGCGGAGACGCUUUCUGGCCUACGUGGACAACCACAAUCUCCAGCACACAAUCUUCGGCAGUGCUGAGGUUCCCGUUGUCAGUUGUCAGGAUGAAGGAUACUUGACACGCCAGUAUGGUGCACAGCUGGUUGUUGAGCACAAGAGGACAUGGAGUUUUAUCUUGGAGGCAGCGGUGGGGGCCCC